AUGCCCAUAGGCGCCGGCCUGUCGCGCUAUGACGCGAAUAUCUUGAUCUCGCACUACCUUGCUCACUACAUCCACCACAUCGCACUCCAGCCGCUUGUGAUUGACGUCAAAAUGGCCCUCAAGCCCACAAUCAUUCUUCUCACCCUCAUGAGAGAGGGGAAGUGGUACAUGGAAGAGAGGCCAAAGCACCUCAUCGACGCUUUCAGCCGUGUACAACAGCCUGUAAUUGCCUGCGGAAGUCCGGAUCGUCUCCUCCACCUACUUUCCAAGUCACCACGUGCAGUGCUCGUACAGGACGCCGGGAUCGCGCUCAUCCCCGAAUAUCUACCUGUGGCCAACGCCCUCGCGAAAUAUACUCGAGAGGGAGGCACAGUCAUCGUCGGCUGGGACUUCAACAAUCGGAUUCUCGACGACCCGAUGCUAGAGCUCUCCGAGCUGUGGGGGCUCUCCUGGCGCCUUGGCUCAUACUUCCGCACCACCUACCACCUCCAAACCUCGUUCACCGGCGGAAUCGACACCAACAGCCUCGCGUCGACAUACAGCGCCAAGGCCCAGAAACUGCUCGGCGUCGACCCCGCGCAUGCCCUCUAUACGCCCGGGCCAGGCUCUGUCGUAGAAUCCAAGGUCUUCCCACCCGAUUUCUGCCCCGUGCGGACAGACGACGUUGCGUUCGCGCUCGCGCCCGUUGGACAAGGCUUUUUUGGGUUCGCGGGCGACGUCAACGACGAGAACGACACGACAAAGGCUGUCCUGGCCGUGCUCGGCAUCCCACAUGAGUUCAUCCCGUCCAAGCUCAGCCAGCCAGGUCAGAUCGCGGUGUCCUUCCGAGGCGGAAGCGAAGCGCCUCAUCAGGUCUCGAAUGGGGACGAGAACCCGGCGUUGGCGAUCUACCCGGAUGCGGUGCGACCUGCGGAGGGGGAGAACUACUCGGGGACGAAGGCGCCGGGGCGGCCUCCAGUCUGGGCGCCGACGAGGGAGGUCAAGGAGAGAGGCAUGCCGGAGGCGGACAGGAAUGCCUGUCAACCCAUCAUCUUGCUGACCCUUGACAAGAAGGGUCUCUAUUACAUGCAGGAGCAUCCGCAACACCUUAUCGACGCAUUCACCCGUGCUCAGCAGCCAACGAUCGUUUGCGGGGACUCGGCUCGCCUACUCAGCCUCAUUUCUAGGUCCCCUCGCGCCGUGCUCGUCCAAGACGGAGAAAUAGCGCGCGACUUCCCUCUCGCCCAGACCCUCGCCCACUACACCCGCGAAGGAGGCACCGUCAUCCUCGGCUGGGACCUCAACAAUCACAUCCUGCAUGAGGAGUUUGCGGCGCUCAUCUCCUUCUGGGGCCUCCCAUGGCGGCUCGGCUCGUACUUCCGCACCACAUACGUCCGCCAGGAUACGUUCACCGGCGCGUUCAAGCGCGACGGUCUUGCGCCCGCGUACAGCGCCAAGGCUCACAAGCUGCAGGGCGUGGCUCCCGCGCAUGCCCUCUACGCGCCCGGGCCCAAGUCCGUCGUCGAGUCCAAGGUCUUCCCUCCCGACUUCUGCCCCGUGCCGCGGGACGAGUGUCCGGUCGCGUGGGCACCGGUCGGAAAAGGCUUCUUCGGCUUCACGGGCGACAUCAACUUCGAGAACGACACGACCAAGGCCGUGCUCGCCAUGCUUGGCAUCCCUCACGCGUUCAUCCCCUCCGUACACUCCGGCCCCGGGAACGUCAGGUUGAAUGUCACCUUCCCCGGAAACGAGCAUCCGAACAGCAAAGACCAAGCCUCUGGGGGAACUGACGAUCCCCCGAUGGCGGUCGCUUCGGACGUGGUCCGUCGCGCGGACGGGAAGUCGUUCUCUGGAGCUCGAUUGCCUGGGAUGUCGCCUAUCUGGUCUCCGAUGGAUAUGAAUGCAGACCCUCUCAGCGGCAGCAUGCCCGAACCUGAUCCGGAUGCGUGCGCCGUGUGCGCGAAACCCGCACAAAGUCGGUGCAGCAGCUGCAAGCUGGUCAAGUACUGCUCCGCUGCCCAUCAGCAGCAGGAUUGGAAGGACCACAAGCCGUUGUGCAAGAAACUUCAGCGGGUGGGCGCCGACGGAGUUUCAAACAAGCACAACCCGUGGGCCACACAGUAG